AUGAGUGUUUGUGAUCGGAGGGGGUUUGAGGGGGUCAAAACAAAGGCGAUAGAUGAGUGUGAGAAAAAGGUUUGUGUGUCGAAAGGAGGGGGGCGAGGGGCAAAAGCAAACGAGACAAGAGGAAGUGUGAGAAUGAGAGCAGGAUAUGAAGCGGCUAGAACACUGCACCUGGUUUGUGAUACUGCUGUCAGGCUCUAUUCAGGCGUCAGUCUCAAUGGGGGCGUGUCCUUUGUCUCGUGUCCCGGCCUGCUCCAGCUGAAGUCCAUCUGGGCCCUGGGGACAGAGGCUCAGGGACAAAGCUCCCGGAGUGUGUGGAUCCUGGCUUCGCUCUCUCACAGCGUGCCAACCGUCCCUGUGAAGAAUCUUAACGGAUCCAGUCCUGUUCACCCUGCACUUGCUGGAAUCACCGGGAUCCUGAUGAGUGCUGCCGCUCUGCCCGUGUGCCUGACCCGUCCGCCCAAACUCGUGCUGCAUCCUCCUCCCGUCUCCAAGAGCGACAUCAAACCAGUGCCCGGCUUUGGACACUGCUGCCGCAAAACCACCAAGAAGCAGACGCGCAAAGGUAAAACUCCAGAGGAAGUGGUGAAGAAGUAUCUACAGAAAGUCAAGAGUCCGCCUGAAGAGGACUGUACCAUCUGUAUGGAGCCUCUGGGGGGGCCCUCGGGGUACAAAGGCCCCGGUGUGGGCCCCGUGUCCAGGGCAGAGUCUGUGGGACGCCUGGCUCAGUGCAGACACCAGUACCACUUCCAAUGUCUGGUGGCGAUGUACAACAACGGAAACAAGGACGGCAGCCUGCAGUGUCCCACCUGUAAAACCAUCUACGGGGUGAAGACGGGGAACCAGCCCGCGGGUAAGAUGGAGUAUCACGUGAUCCCGCACUCUCUGCCCGGACACCCCGACUGCAAAACCAUCCGCAUCAUCUACAACAUACCACCGGGCAUUCAGGGACCAGAGCACCCGAACCCAGGGAAGCCUUACACUGCCAGAGGCUUCCCCCGACACUGCUACCUCCCCGACAGCGAGAAAGGACGCAAGGUGCUCAGACUGCUGCUGGUGGCCUGGGACCGAAGGCUGAUCUUCUCUGUGGGCACGUCCAGCACCACCGGAGAGUCCGACACUGUCAUCUGGAACGAGGUCCACCACAAGACAGAAUUUGGCUCCAACUUGACGGGCCACGGUUUCCCAGACGGGGGACAUUUGGACAACGUUUUGGAGGAGCUCAGAGCGCAGGGCAUCACGGAAGACGAUGGACUGACGGAGAAAUGA